AGGUCAAAUUGUCACGUGCUGUGACGUCAUCCGCAGGCGUCAUCUCUCGCAAAGGCUCCUCCUCCCCUUCUCUUACUGAACCCCCCCGCCCCUGGCUCCGUGACUACUGAUAAUGGCCGCCGUGGCGAGGUCUGUGUCGAGAGUGUGGGGUCGUUUCGAGCAGAGGCUGCCGAAAACGGCUCGGAACUUCCUCAACCACGCUGCCGGACCAAAGACCAUCUUCUUCUGGGCUCCAACCUUCAAAUGGGGGCUGGUUGUUGCAGGGCUGGCUGAUGUCACACGACCGGCAGAGAAGCUCAGUUUACAGCAGUCUGGAGCCCUGGCUGCCACAGGGACAAUCUGGGCCAGGUAUUCGCUGGUGAUCGACCCAAUCAUCUACAAUCUGUUUGCUGUGAACGUGUUUGUGGCACUCACUGGAUUCUUUCAGCUCUACCGAAUAUGGCAAUACCGGAACAGCAAUAAGAGUGAAUCGUCACCUCCACCGACACAGUCCUAGAAGACCCUCCGUCAGUGUCUGUUGUAUACAUUUUUAGCUCAAAAGUUUAUUCCUAGUGUUCAAAUAUAUACACAAGAGUGUAUUCAGUAAUCAUGGAACUUGUCUAUUUAUGUAGUAUUUAUCUCGCAUGUUUACAAAAAUGUAUCACAUUAUUUUUGUUUGUCCUUGCAUUACUUCUCUGUGUAUAUACAUGUAUUAUAAUGACAUAAUAAUUAUUAUUGUUUUUCUCGUAUAACUGUGCG